CAAUAUUCAGAUAACACUGAAUUGACGGACUCAUAAAAUAAUAAAUAAAUAGUUUUAAAGUCGGCCAUGUAUGUUCAUUUUGUACUAUUAUUCUUCAUUGGACAAGCAAUAGGCAAUGAAGAGAAAUCCUUCGUUGAUGAUGAAACAUUUAAUGAGGCAUUAUCUUCUGAGCAUAUGUUCGGUGUCUUUCUUUAUAGCAAAAAAGAUAAUGACGAUUUGAAAGUGCGAGAAGCAGUGAAUUCAAUUCAGCUUUCUGAAGAUUCUCUGGACCCUCAUGGGAUUCAGCUAGGAAUUAUAGAUUGUAAAAAAUCGAAAAUAUUCCACUGUAAAAAACCUGAAAGGCUCUAUCAUCUGAUAUUAUUCAAAGAUGGUGAUGUUGUUGCUCAAGUACACAUGGACGAUUUGCAAACUUUAUUGGAUGUACAAAUACAUACAAAGUCAAAUUUGCUUCUGGAUAAUAUUAACGAAAUCAAGGAUCGUGAAGAAUAUAAUGAAAUAAUAAAGAAGCAUGCUGGGAAGUCUGAUUUCAUAUUGUUUUAUAUACCUGAAUUAGGAACAAUAGAACAUUUGAGAAUGAUUAAUUCUGCGAUAACUAUCCCGAAAUAUAUAUCCGUUUACUACACGUUGAAUAGAGAUAUCAAUGAAGAUAAAUCUCAUGAGGUUUGGUAUUUAAAUUGUCUGAUGUCUGAAGAUGGUAAAUGCGAAGUGACUUAUGCAGAUGGAAACAACGGUGAUGAAGAUUUGCAAAAGUUUAUUCAGAAGUCAAGCCAUGUUAUGGUACUGUCAGAAAAUGAAGACAUGUCAUCAACGCUUACAGAAAUGGUGAACAAAGGCAAUGAUGUAGUACUUUUGAUUGCUGGCCCAAGAAAAUUUAAGUCUGCUUUGGCUCUCGCUAAAGAAGUUGUAAAUGAGAUGGGCAGUGGAAUUCAUGCUCUUGUAGUGGACGGUGUGAAGUUUUCACAUUUUGACUUGAAAUCAAGAGUUGAGAAUGACAAGAUUUUUGCAAUUGCAUCUCCCGGUACAGCGAGCCAUGCCAAAUAUCUCAAUAUUGGAUUUUUGGAAAGUGAAAAUCCUGCUGAUUUAAUCGUUGACUUCAAUAAUGCAAUGUCGAAGCAAGAUCAAAUAUUCACUGAACCAUUUGGUGUACGUGAUGAAGAAAUUGAUCUUGAUCUAUUUGAUAUAGAGCCAGAAACCAUUCAAGAUGAUCCGAUAGCAUAUUCUGUUCAUCACAAUAAACAUGUUAAAGAUCUGUAUUAUUUUGAUUACAAAACUUUACCUCGUCUCACUGAUAAAACAUACGAGAAAGUUACUCAGGGCAUGGAGUACGCUGUGAUUCUUUUCACUCUUGAGUUUAAUCCAAGAGCUCUUGCUGCGCUGGUUGCCUUUGUAGAAAUUCACAAUGCUUUUAAAACGAAAACGAAAUCUCCAAUGUACAGAGUAGAAUGUUAUAACUGGCCUGAUAUUUGCGAAAAAGCCAAAGUUUUUACAUCACCGAGGAUGUUUUUUUAUCCUCCUGAAACUACAAACCCAAUUGAAUACACAGGCAUGUGGGAAAAAGUCAGCAUGAAAAAUGCAAUUUUAAGGUAUAGCAAUCCAAGUGUUAUCAUUGUACGAAAGAAAGAAGACAUAUUACCAUACUUGCCUAUUACAAUGAGAUCUAUAAUUGGAUUAUUUGAAUCGGACGAUGGAACAACAGAAUUCAGAAAGGCUGCAGAAAUCAUGAGAAAAGAUUAUCAAUUUAUUGAAGUUCAUGGAGAAGUUGCUAAAUUUGUAGCCGAACAGUACGAGGUUGAUCUUGAACAUAAAAGAUUGCUUGCGCUGGAAGAUUCAUUCCCCAAACAUAAAUACGGCACAUUCACAACAGCACAAGAUAUUAUCAACUUUUGUGAGGAAACAUUUGUUGCUCCUGAGCUUCAAGAACUGAACAUAUACAGUUUUGUUGAUAUCCUCAAAGAUCCAAAGCCUUUAUUUAUCUAUUUCUGGGAUCGAGAAAACGGCGAUGAAUUAACAUAUUUCUCUGCGUUGAAAGAUAUGAUCCAGGAUAUUGCAUCAAACAAAAUAUUAUCUGAUAAUAUCUUGUUUAUGUGUAUGGAUGUAUCAACAGGCACUCCAGGGGAAUUUGUCCUUGCAAGAUACAACUAUAGAGCAAGACAUGAAAAACCGAUUAUGGGGUUCUUUGAUAAAAAGGGUUCUGUGAUGCUCAAAUCUUGUCAAGAGGCCGUUCGUUGUACAAACACUUCCUUGAUUGCUUGGAUACAAAAUUGUGUCGUGGGAAAAGAGCAAGCAACAUAUGAAUUAAGCAAGGAGGAAUGGAAACCGAGAUUAGAUGGAUAUGAUUUCCUGCAAUUUAUGAAAGAUGAAGGAACUUAUCCUGAAAAUAAAUUAACUCUUGGUAGCAGUGAUGAGGAUGAAGAAUCUAAACCUUCACAUAGAGGAGGGAGAACUGUCAUUGAUUUGCGGCACAAACAUAAAAAGGAAGAAGGUCAAGGAGUUCAUGAGAAUGAAAAAACAGAAAAUCGUGAAGAAAAAAGCACAAAAAGUCGCCCAACUCAUUCAGAAUUAUAAGUAGAUUGUGAAAUCAAUUGUUUUUUUAGGAAAUUAAUUCAAAUGUGUGAUGCCACUGAGGAAUACUGGCAGCAUAUCAUAUAUUCAGAAACAUGGAGAUUUUGAAUGUGACUUUGUUAAUAUUCGAGGUUUUAGUUUUACUAUACUUAGCUGAUUUAUCUUAGAGAUAAAAUAUGUUGUUGUAGUUCAUCUAUGUAUAGCUUGUUAUCUUAUGUUGAAGUUUUUUGUUGUUACAUGUCUAUUCGUACUCUUGAAUGUCCGUACUAUUCCUGAUAUGUCUAACUCUUUUCAAUACCAUAACUCAUAUUCUAAAGCAGUGCUUCUCAAACUUCCAAAGACUCCUUAACAUUUGUGGGCACUUUUCUCUUCUAUAAAAAUACGUAGAUUUGCUUUUACCACGUUUUAUGUGCCAUGUUGACGAAAAAAAAAUUAAACAAACAGCAGGAAAAAAUUAUAUGCAUUGCAGUCAAUUUUCUUUAAAUUAAUGAGGUCAUCACAAAUUUAUACCUAGUGAAAACCUUUGGUUGUGCCCUGCCAGGAUGGUACAGGGCCUGGUUUGAGAAGCCCCGUACCUUUGACCGUGAAAUUUUGAAUUCAAUUUGCAUGUUAUCUGAAGUCAUCACUGUAUCUUGGUAUACAUAAUGAAGCCAUCACUGUAGCUCAGUAGUAUACACAAAAAUUUGUUGCACUUUUUUUUAGCACAACCUUGCCUUUUUCAUUGUAUAUUUGAAUCGAAGCACAUAUAGUUGAUUGAGCUAGGACAAAUCGAAACUUGAGUGGUAUAUAAUAAAACUAGAGGUUUGAUUAUCGCAAAUCAUUUGAAAUAUUUUAUUUAUCAAGUCUAACUAAAAAUACAAUCAAUUCUAACAUUGAAUUGAAAGCGAAAACUUUUAGUAUUUAUGUCAAUUCUGGCUCUUGGAUGUUCUUACUAGGUAUUCCUGAUAUGUUCAACUUUUUCUAAAAACUCGUAUACUAAAAUGACCAUGAUUUUCUGCAUUUGAUUCACCUAUUUAUGAAACCAUUUGUAAAUUAUUGUACACAAAGUUUGUUGCACUAUUUUUUAGCAGAAGCUUGCCUUUUUGAUUGUAUAUUUGGGACGAAGCAAUGGUACCUGUUUUAUAUUACUCUAAGCUAGAACAAAUUGAAUGGCAUAUAAUUGUGCAAGAUGUAUAAUUAACCCUGAUCAGUUGGAAUAUUUAAAAAAAAUCUGUAUUUUGAUAUUUGCGUUUAGUAUCGAAAUUCUCUAUCUGAUAUAAGAAUGUCAGCUAAACUAAAAAAUAAUCAUUUCUAACUUUUUCUCCUAAUAUAAUUGAAGUGCCUACUAUGCCACCUUUCUUAUAUUCGCAAGAUGCAUUGUGUCUUUUUUAAAAAUCAUGUUUUGUGUUGCAUUGCAGACUUCUAUCAUAUAUCAUUAUAAUAGGGAUAUUCAGUUUGCUUGAAUGGAGUACAAUUUACUGAGAUUCUAAAUGAAAUUACACAUGUUUGAUAUUAAAAUUUUGAUCAUUAGCAGUAUGUUUCAGAAUUUGUGUUAGUUCUAUUGACAGUUAUGUUUGGGAUCGUAUUUAUUGAUGAAUAUAUAUUCCGUAUGCAAUAUUCCUUAUUUUGUUUGGGCCAUUUUUGUACUGUUUUUCUCACUGUUUGAAUUAUUUAUUCAGAAAAAAUGCUUCUCCUGCCAUUUAUUGUCAUUAUUGCAAUAAAAGAAAUAAUUGAAAUGUU